UCCCAGGGGGCGGUGCCCUCGGUGCUAGCAGGUGCUGGGGUAUGAGGAGGAGACAGUGUCAGUCACCCCGGCAGGAGAGGUGGCAGGGGAGCUUAGGGAAGGCUGGCAGCCUGCCAAGCCCAAGCUCCGUUCUCUUCCCUUCCCAGGCAGUGGCAGCAGAGGAUGCCCCAGGCCCUGGAACGUGCCGAUGGCAGCUGGGCCUGGGUGGUACUGCUGGCUUCCCUGGUGACCCAGGCCCUCACCCUGGCUUUCCCCAUGUGCAUCGGCGUGUUCUUCACUGAGCUGCAGCAUGACUUCCAGGCCAGCAACAGCGAGACCUCCUGGCUCCCCUCCAUUAUGGGGUCCAUGCUCCACGCUGGGGGACCCCUGUGCAGCAUCCUGGUGGGGCGCUUCGGCUGCCGAGUGACUAUGAUGUUAGGGGGUGUGCUGUCCAGCCUGGGCAUGGUGGCCAGCUCCUUCUCCAGGACCCUCGUCCAGCUCUUCCUCACAGCGGGAUUGAUCACAGGUGACUGUCAGUCCAUUGGAAAUGGUGGCAGGAGUGGACAGGGCCAGCAAGCCUGCUCACCUCCCAGAACUGCUUACAGUCCAGCCAGAGAGGCGGAUAAUUGGCUCGUUCUGGACAGCACUGACAACUUCAGCUAUGUCUUCUACAUGUCAAGCUUCUUUCUCAUCACCUCUGCCCUCUUCAUGGGUGGCAGCUUCUAUUCCCUACAGAAGAGGGAGAGAAAAGGCAAGCAAGACAACGCAAAGGGAGACACCUCAGAGACUGUUCCAGUGCCAGGUCUUAUCCUGGAAGACAGACCCAAGAGGGAGCUGUGUACGGAGAGCAUGUACGUGACCAGCGUGUGAGCCUGAGGCCAGCCCAAGACCUUCCAAGCAGUAUCCUGGAGUGACCCUUCCUGGCUUCCUUCCACUGAGUCCUGCUGGGGGCAGCCAAGGCCAGCUCAGCCUGGCUGGCUCCACACUGCUGCUACUACAACACAGCACGUUGGAUCUUCACGUCCAACUUGCAUGCCUCCAACAUCAGCUCUCCUUUGACCUUCUCUGGUCCGCUUCCAAAGUGACUGGUCAUGACCCUGGAGGCAGCAAGUCUGCCUCCACACAAGUGAUCGGACCUCACGUUCACUGGACGGAGGGCCAGGCUGAGGAGGCGGCCUGGAUACAGAAUGAGGACGGAUGAAAGGGGUGUGGAGUUCCCCCACCCUGACACAUGAGCAGACUGCGGGGAAGGGAGCCCGUGCUGCUGUCCUGGAGCAGGCCCCUAGCUUUGGUCUCUGAAUUGGGGAGUCUGAGGGUCUCUCAGCAGGGUCUCCCCCAGUCUCCCCUUGUAUCCAGUAUAGGGUUGGGGGAAGUAGACAUUCAAAUGACCGGCAGAGGGAAAGACUUGCUCAGGUAGCUGAAAGACUGUCAUGAAGCUGGGCACCAUGACUCACGCCUGUAAUCCUAGCUACUCAGGAGGCUGAGAUCUGGGAUCUUGGU